GUCGUUUUGUUUUGAUGCUUGUUCAGAAGCGGCGCCAUACGCAACGCAACCAGGUGAAUCGCGUUAAAAAUUUCAACAAAAACCAUCCACUACCAUGGAGAAACCACAGAAAAUGCCCAAAGUGGCAAAGGUGAAAAACAAAGCACCAGCGGAGGUGCAAAUCACCGCUGAACAGCUGCUGCGUGAGGCGAAGGAGCGUGAUCUGGAAAUUCUGCCACCGCCGCCGAAGCAAAAGAUUUCCGAUGCGGCCGAGCUGGCCGACUACCAGCAGCGGAAGCGCAAAACGUUCGAGGACAAUCUGCGCAAAAACCGCAUGGUCGUCAGCAACUGGAUCAAGUACGCCCAGUGGGAAGAGUCGCAGAAGGAAAUUCAGCGCGCCCGGUCGAUCUGGGAGCGUGCGAUCGAUAACGACCAUCGGAACAUUACGAUAUGGCUAAAGUACGCGGAGAUGGAGAUGAAGCACCGGCAGGUGAACCAUGCGCGCAAUCUGUGGGACCGGGCGGUCACGAUACUGCCGCGUGUCAACCAGUUCUGGUACAAGUACACGUACAUGGAAGAAAUGCUGGAGAAUGUUGCCGGCGCCCGGCAGGUGUUUGAGCGCUGGAUGGAAUGGCAACCGGAGGAGCAGGCGUGGCAAACGUACAUCAACUUCGAGCUGCGCUACAAAGAGAUCGACCGGGCCCGCACGAUCUACGAGCGGUUCGUGAUGGUACAUCCGGAGGUGAAGAACUGGAUCAAGUACGCCCGGUUCGAGGAGGCGCACGGGUUCAUCAAUGGGUCGCGCACUGUGUACGAGCGGGCGAUCGAGUUCUUCGGCGACGAUCACGCCGACGAGCGGCUGUUCAUCGCGUUCGCUCGCUUCGAGGAGGGCCAGAAGGAGCACGACCGCGUGCGCGUCAUCUACAAGUACGCGCUGGACCACCUGCCGAAGGAUCGCACGACGGAACUGUACAAGGCGUACACGAUACACGAGAAAAAGUACGGCGACCGGUCGGGCAUCGAGGAUGUGAUCGUGUCGAAGCGCAAGUUCCAGUACGAGCAGGAGGUGAACGAAAAUCCAACCAACUACGACGCCUGGUUCGACUAUCUGCGCCUGGUGGAGAACGAGAACGAUCCCGAGCUGAUACGCGAAACGUACGAGCGGGCGAUCGCGAACGUUCCGCCGACGAAGGACAAGAAUCUGUGGCGCCGGUACAUCUACCUGUGGAUUAACUACGCACUGUACGAGGAGCUGGAAACGGAGGAUCUCGAGCGCACGAGACAGAUCUACUGCACCUGCCUCGAGCUGAUACCGCACAAGCUGUUUACGUUCAGCAAAAUCUGGCUGCUGUACGCGCAGUUCGAAAUUCGCUGCAAAAACUUGCAAACCGCGCGCAAAACGCUCGGCAUGGCGAUCGGACGCUGCCCGCGGGACAAACUCUUUCGGGGGUACAUCGAUCUCGAGAUACAGCUGCGCGAGUUCGACCGGUGCCGCAUUCUGUACGAAAAGUUCCUCGAGUUUGGACCGGAGAACUGCACCACGUGGAUGAAGUUUGCCGAGCUGGAGUCGCUGCUCGGUGAUACGGAUCGGGCGCGCGCCAUCUACGAGCUGGCGAUCCAGCAGCCCCGCCUCGACAUGCCCGAGCUGCUGUGGAAAAGCUACAUCGACUUCGAGGUGCAACAGGGCGAGUUCCAGCUGGCGCGCCAACUGUACGAACGGCUGCUGGAGCGCACCGUCCACGUGAAGGUGUGGAUAUCGUACGCCAAGUUUGAGAUAAGCGCCGAGAACGAGGAGGAAGGCCUGAACGUCCCACUGGCAAGACGCAUCUACGAGCGGGCCAACGAGUGUCUGAAGGGUUUGGCGGAGAAGGAGUCGCGCGUGCUGGUGCUGGAAGCGUGGCGGGACUUUGAGCGCGACCACGGCGACGAAGCAACCCUCAAGAAGGUGCUGGAACGGAUGCCGCGCAAGGUGAAGAAGCGCCAGAAGAUCGUGUCCGAGUCGGGCGUGGAGGAGGGCUGGGAGGAGGUGUUCGAUUUCCUCUUCCCCGAGGACGAAAUGGCACGCCCGAAUCUGAAGCUGCUGGCGGCGGCUAAGAACUGGAAGCGGAAGCAGGACACUGACCCACCGGUGGCGGCACCGAUGGAAACGAACCAGACUGAGCAGGUGGAAGGUUCGGAAGAGCAACAGGAAGAACAACCAGCCAACGACGAAGCUCCUAACGAUGACGGAGCAGAACAAGAACCAUCCGCUGAAGCGAAUGAAGCGGCGGACGAAUAAGAUGCUUACCGAUUUCCCAUACUAUUGCGGCGGAGCUAAUGUAAUAAAUAGCUGCACUUUA